UUAGAAAAUACGAACUACAGGCAAUACAAUUUAAUCAACAAUAAGAAAUCCAAGAGAAGAAGAAUUAAAAAAAAUGCUUAACAGGACCUAGAAUCCCUACCGAAAAUAGCUUCCCCCACCCCUAAAAAACACACAUAUACACACAGAUAAUUACUGCUUACUGAUUCUUGGGGAGGAGCUUAUGUCAAGCAGUCACCAAACUAGGGUGAAAAUCAUAUAAAUACUCAAGGGUGACACUUGAAAUCAUCAGCUUCUGCUCACUCACCAGUGGCAGAAGAACUCCUCACUAUAGGAGGAUUUGCCAUUCUGCUGCCUUGCAUUGGAGCUCCACAGCAUUUUGAGGACAGAUUUGGAAACAUGCAUUUACAAAUAUCCUUACUGCUGCUGUUUUGUCUAAACAUUGUCCAUGGUAGUGAUGGAUACUUUUCUGAGCGAUACCAGAAACAGUCCAGCAUCAAGGGGCCUCCACACUUUCUACCAUUCAAUGUAAAGAGUCAAGGUGUGCAGAUAAGGGGUGAACAAGGACCCCCUGGUCCUCCAGGCCCUAUCGGACCACGAGGACAGCCAGGUCCUGCAGGAAAACCAGGGUUUGGAAGCCCCGGUCCCCAAGGUCCCCCUGGUCCCCCAGGACCACCCGGAUUCUCCACUGUUGGAAAACCAGGCAUGCCAGGUCUACCAGGGAAGCCAGGAGAAAGAGGAUUAAAUGGUGAGAAAGGAGAAGCUGGACCUGUUGGGCUCCCAGGAGCAAGAGGGCCACAAGGACCCCCCGGCAUUCCUGGCCCCGCAGGACUGUCUGUCCCUGGAAAGCCAGGACCACAAGGCCCUCCAGGAGCUCAAGGGCCAAGAGGCCUCCCUGGUGAGAAAGGAGAGCCAGGUAUUCCUGGUAUAAAUGGACAAAAAGGAGAAAUGGGAUUUGGCGUUCCAGGCCGCCCAGGUAACAGGGGUCUUCCAGGCCCACAGGGACCCCAAGGCCUCCCUGGCCCUGCUGGGAUAGGGAAGCCUGGAGAAAAUGGUCUUCCAGGUCAGCCAGGUAUGAAAGGUGACAGAGGUCUACCAGGGGCUCGUGGAGCAGCUGGCAUUCCAGGCCCCCAGGGUCCACCGGGAGAGCCUGGAGAAGUCGGCAUCGGCAAGCCAGGGCCAAUGGGACCACCAGGACCAGCAGGCAUUCCCGGAGCGAAAGGAUUCCCUGGACCUGCAGGCUUGCCUGGAUCCCCAGGUCUUCCAGGAUUUGGAAAGCCAGGAUUGCCAGGGAUGAAGGGACACAGAGGACCUGAAGGACCUCCUGGCUUUCCAGGACCUAAAGGAGACCAAGGCCCAGCUGGUGUGCCAGGAGAACCAGGUCCUGCUGGGCCACCAGGAAAUAUGGGCCCUCAAGGACUCAAAGGCUUGCCUGGUGAGAAUGGCCUACCUGGACCCAAAGGUGACAUGGGCCCUGCAGGCCCUGCAGGAUUCCCAGGAGCCAAGGGUGAAAGAGGUCUACCAGGAUUAGAUGGAAAACCAGGACACCCAGGCGAACAGGGUCUUGCUGGUCCUAAGGGACAUCCAGGUCUCCCCGGUCAAAAAGGAGACACUGGCCAUGCUGGCCUACCUGGCUUGCCUGGUCCAAUUGGCCCACAAGGAGUUAAGGGAGUGCCAGGUAUCAAUGGUGAACCAGGCCCAAGAGGACCUUCGGGAAUACCUGGGAUCAGAGGCCCCAUCGGUCCACCUGGCAUGCCAGGAGCCCCUGGUGCAAAAGGUGAGCCAGGAGCACCAGGACUGCCAGGCCCAGCAGGUAUUGCUACAAAAGGCUUAAGAGGACCCAUGGGACCACCUGGACCCCCAGGGCCUAAAGGCAACAGCGGAGAGCCUGGUUUGCCAGGUCCCCCAGGUCCUCCUGGUCCCCCUGGCCAAGCCAUAAUCCCAGAAGGCUAUGUUAAAGGAGAGUCGCGAGAACUAUCAGGAAUGUCUUUCAUGAAAGCAGGAGUAAAUCAAGCUCUCACAGGAAUGCCAGUGUCUGCCUUCACUGCCAUUCUCUCAAAAGCCUAUCCUGCAGCAACAGUCCCUAUCAAAUUUGACAAAAUCUUGUAUAAUAGACAGCAACACUAUGACCCCAGGACAGGAAUCUUCACCUGCAGGAUCCCUGGACUAUACUAUUUCUCCUAUCACGUACAUGCAAAAGGAACAAAUGUUUGGGUUGCCCUCUAUAAAAAUGGCUCCCCAGUCAUGUACACUUAUGAUGAAUACCAGAAAGGAUAUCUUGACCAGGCCUCUGGCAGUGCGGUCAUUGAUCUCAUGGAGAAUGAUCAAGUGUGGCUCCAGCUGCCAAAUUCAGAAUCCAAUGGUCUCUAUUCCUCUGAAUAUGUUCAUUCUUCUUUCUCGGGUUUCCUAUUUGCUCAAAUCUAACAACAUCCCACUUACAAUGUCCUGACACACUCUCCUUCAGGCCAUUUUAACUGGGCACUCAUCUGAUAUGUCCUUAGCAGGUCAUGUAACUUCAAUUUUGCAACAGAAGCUGAAGAGAUAGUGAGAAGGUAAAGAGAUUGGUUCAAAACCAGUAGAAAGAUAUUGUAUGUUUUUAGAAAUUUGUCAUGGGAAAUUUGUUUUGAACAAUGAUCAAUUGUCCAACUGAAUGCAACAUUAAAAUUUUAUGAAUUAAUAUAAUA